AUGUCCCACUUCAUCCCCACGGUAUACACUGAGUCAACGACGUGGACUCGGGACUCUCAUGACCUCUUCGAUUACGAGAGCCAACACGUUGUUCGCCGGGACUUCGCUUUGAACCAAACGGUCAGAUUCGUGCGGAGAAAUGACGACGUUGGUAUAGAAGAUGCGUCGGUCGAUGCGAUUCCUUCAAGAGAGGAGUCAGACUAUCUCAUGAAAUGUAUCAAUUUCGAUUCAAGGUUCAUGAUACAACCCGCAGAUAAACAGUCGGGCUCAUGUCGGCUGAUCCCUAAGAGUCUUUGGCUUGUUGUGAAAGAACUUGGACCACAUACCCUUCUGGAAGGGGACAUCAUCAAGCUGGGUCGUUUCAAGUUGCGUGUGCGUCAGCUCUGUGCAGACUCCGAGGAUCGCUUGGUGAUAUCCCACCAGUUUUAG